AUGAUGAGUGGCAGUUGGAACAGUGAUGCAAUGGUCAAUUCACAGGCAACUUAUACAAUUGCUGGACCGAUAGGUCGAAGUCAUUAUCAAUUACUGGAAGAGAUUGAAUGUCCAAGUGAGCUAAUUGAAGUUGACGAUGAUAUGCCAUAUCCACCAUUAAAUACUAGUUUAGUUCUGGAAGAAUCACGUAUCGGUGUUGAUCGUCUUCCGAUCGUGGAUGACAAUUUAUCCACUCCAUUGGUGGAGUAUGCUCCUAGCAGUGAUUCACAACAAUAUCAACAACAACAACAACAACAACAAUAUCAACAACAACAACAACAACAAUAUCAACAACAAUAUCAACAACAACAACAACAACAACAACAAAAUCAGGCUUAUAUGGUGGAUAGCUAUGCAAAUCAUCUUUACAAUGCAUAUCAGACCAGAAUUGAUUUACCUACUGAGAUUAAAAGUAAUUUACCGGUAGCACAACUUAUUCAUCCAGAUGCAUUAUCAUAUGGAUCGGAAUUUCCACGGCAAAUAUCAGUUGCAUUAUCAUCACCUGCUGAAAGAGUUUCAUCGAGUAUGAGUAUUGAUUCGACAAUAUCCGAUGAUAUUACCAUUGAUCCUAAUCAUUUAGCAACACUUCAUGAUCAGUUGGAACAGCAAUCACUUCCUGUAUCUCUUCCAUCGGAACAAGAAACAUCACCGGAAAUACCGGUAAAUUAUGAACAAGAAAUAUCACAUGAAAAAACACCUGAAAUACCGACAACAAGUAUGAAAGUAACAAAACCGGAAUUAAAUUGUUGCAAACCGGAAAAUGAUAAUUUAACAAUUAUUAAAGAAUCGGAACAAUCAAAAGAACAAUCACAGUAUAAGAAUGUAACGAUGGAAAACUGGGAAACUGUACGAAAAGAAGAAAAAAAAGAAAAGCCAAAAAAGCCAAGACCGCUCUCAAUACGGGAACUUCAAAAUGCUCCAGUACCCGUACGACCACCAAAACCAAAACCACCUUCUAAAUCGCAGCUAUUAAUGGAGAAGCUUAAAGCAAGUAUUGAAGCAGAUAAAUUAAAACCAAAAAAGGAUAUCAAAUCAAAACUUCAUGAUCUUGUAAGCGCACCUGUUCGACGUCCACAACCACAAACAACUUUUGAUAAAGAUGAAGAAGAAAAGAUGUCUCCGGAUGAAGAAAGCAAAAAAUUAUUGCAACCGUUAUCACCAAAUGCAAAACGUCGACGAAAUGAGGCACAAAAAACGGGAAAUUCACGUAUGCAACCUGAACGACUUCGAUUAUCACAACAAUCUGAUAAUAAAACAACAGGAUCGGUACGAUCGCAUAUAAAAUCGCGACAAUCGUUAAUUCAACCGAAAACUGUCCACAAAGGCUCAGUUGCAGUGCGAUCUGAAAAGUUGAAAAAAGAAACUUCUCGAGAGCUUCCUAGGACUUCAAAUUCUAAAUCAGUGCCUCAGUCCUUAAGUGUAGCUAAAUCGGAAGCGCAGCAUUCCGGUUUACCGACAUCAUCUGCAACACAUCAAUCACUUAAAAUUCGUAAACCCGGAAAACAACCUACCUCAAUGAUCAUUGAAACAGGUCACGAUUAG